AUUGGGCCUAACAGUACGCAUUCCUAUUAUUAAUGCCACACAUGGGUUUCUUUCUUUUCUCUUUUCCUUUUCCCCAAACAAACUAUUUUUCUAUCUUUUCUCUUCUCUCUCACAGUCACACCCACUCUCCCAGGUGUCUUUCUUCUGCUAUGUGACUUUGAGCUACUGCAGAUUUCGGUUUGCUCAGCACAGCAAGCAAGACCAAAAAUGGAGAAACUUCUCGCAGGAAAGUGCUCUCAAGAACUCUGGUUUGGUAUACUCAUCUCCUUUGCUAUGUGCUUUGUUUUUCUCUGCUUUGAUUAUUCAACUUUCUGGGCCGUCAACAAUGAGGCCAAUCUUUUGGUCACCAAAAAAGUUGAUCCAAUUGGCAUUUUGAAUUUUAACCAAACCAGAGACUCAUGCUCUGAUCGUUACAUUUACAUCCAUGAGGGUCUUCCUAGCAGAUUCAACUAUGAUUUCCUCGACAACUGUGAGUCUCUGAGUGCAGGAACCAGUAUCAGCAACAUCCCAAGUAUGUGUCCUCACCUUGUGAAUUUAGGUCUUGGCCCUGAAAUUAACGGCUCUGAAGGGGUUUUGUCAAACAAGAGCUGGUUCAAAACAAAUCCCUACUUGUUAGAAGUCAUAUUCCACAACAGGAUGAAGAACUAUGAGUGUUUGACAAAAAAUUUCACUCUGGCUUCAGCCAUUUAUGUGCCAUUUUAUCCCAGCAUGGAUGUUGGUGUCCAUCUGUGGGAUUCGAACCUCACUAUCAGAGACUCUUCGGCGAAACAUUUCGCGAAGUGGCUUUCGGGGCAACCCGAAUGGUCGAAAAUGUGGGGGAGAGACCAUUUCUUUGCUUCUGGGAGGAUUGCUUGGGAUUUCAGGAGGGAAAGAGACAAUAGCUCUGCUUGGGGUAGUAAACUCAGGUUCUUGCCUGAGUCCAAGAACAUGACUAUGUUGACAUUGGAAGGAAGCAGGUGGAAAAACGACAUUGCAAUUCCAUACCCCACAAACUUUCAUCCGGCAAAGGACAGUGAGGUUGUUCAAUGGCAGAACAGAGUUAUAGAGCAAGAAAGGCCUUAUUUGUUCACUUUUGCUGGAGCACCAAGGCCUAACCAGAACGGUUCUAUCCGGGGCAAACUUAUUGAUCAUUGCCAAGCUUCAACUAAGUGCAAGUUUCUACAUUGCACUGAAAAAAAAUGUGGCAAUCCCGUUACUGUUAUGAGGGUGUUUCAGAGCUCAGUUUAUUGCUUGCAGCCUGAAGGGGAUUCAUACACUCGGAGGUCAGCUUUCGACGCUUUUCUGGCUGGUUGUAUUCCAGUUUUCUUUCAUCCAGCUACUGCCUAUACUCAAUAUUUAUGGUAUUUACCAAAAGAUCAUACCAAGUAUUCGGUGUUUAUUCCGGUGAGGGAUGUAAAAGAUUUGAAAGAAGGCCAAAUUGAGAAUGUGUUGCUUGGAAUUUCAAAGGAUCAAGAGGUGGCUAUGAGAGAGGAGGUUAUAAGGUUAAUACCAAAGCUGGUAUAUGCAGAUCCUAGGUCAAGAUUAGAGACUCAAGAUGCAUUUGAUAUAGCUGUGCAAGGAAUUCUUGAGAGAAUAGAGAAUGUGAGAAAGGUGAUUAGAGAGGGGAGAGAUCCUAGCAUUGGUUUUGCAGAUGAGGAUAAUGGUAAGUUCAAAUUUCCUGUGACAAUAGACUCAUAGACUUGGUUGAGUGCAAUGGAUAGUUUAUAUACACAGAGCAAGUAUAGAUGGAAGAAGAAGAGGAGAGAUAUAGAACUCAAACCAAAAAUUUGCAGUUUGGUUUAGAAGCUAUGCAACACAAUGGAAGUUCCAACGGAUCGCAAAAUUGUUGCUCUCCCUCGCUUGCUUGUACUGUGAUCAAUAUAGUCGUAGUGUUUGGAUGGAGGAAGCUCUUCCUUGGCCUGAGCCUUGUAGAAAAUAUAUAUAUUUCAAAUUCUCUUGCUUAAGCCUCGUGUUCAUAUGUAUUUGAGUUGCACCUCUGCUUGAAAUUUCUGGUGAUUGCAGAGAGAGUAGAAUUCUAUGUUAAAUUAAUCUAUAAAGAAUAAAUGCUUCUAUGUAAAGACAGAGUAGAAUUUUUUG